CAAUAAUUGAAUCCUUCCCAAAACACAUUGCACCACCAUGUGCUCCUUUCUAUCCAAAUAUCUCAGAUCCAAAACUUCCACUCUGCCACUGCAGCUCCGCUGCCUCCAAGGAGGAGGGGGAGGAGUUGCGGGAGACUUCAACUCUCCGAUUUUACAUAAAAAUCUGAUGAUGCCCUUACGCCAAUUUUGUAAGCUUCCAAUCGGAGUAUCGAAAGAGGAACUAUUGAGAGAAGGGUUGCAGCCUGAGCUGAUGCCGAAACACGUAGCUAUUAUACCGGAUGGUAACCGGAGAUGGGCUAAGGAGAGGGGUUUGUCACCGGAAAAAGGUCAUGAAGCUGGAAAAAAAGUGCUCGGAGAUUUGUGUCGUUAUUGUUCAAAAUGGGGAGUCAAAGUUCUUUCUGCUUAUGCUUUUUCUACUGAGAAUUGGUCAAGGCCCAAGGCUGAAGUAACUUUCUUGAUGACGAGCUACUUUGAAAGGCUUACCGAGGAAUUCAUGAGGUAUGGGAUGAAAAUGUCCUUUAUUGGAGACAGGUCUAACCUUCCAAAUUCUUUGAAAGAAAUGUUAAGAUUAGCUGAGGAAAGCACAAAGGACAACACAGGGCUUCAUUUUGUGGCAGCACUUAACUAUGGUGGAAGAUAUGACAUAACACAAGCAACUAAAAAGAUUGCUAGUAAAGUUAAAGAUGGAGUUAUUCAAUUAGAGGAUAUUAAUGACAAGUUAAUUGAUGAAGAAUUAGAGACUAAUAAGAUUUUGGAAUAUCCUAAUCCUGAUUUACUCAUCAGGACAAGUGGAGAGUGUUAA